CACGGAAGGGCAGGGCCGAUGGCUCCGCCUCUGGCGCGACUAACGACGGGAUCGCAGGGCAGGGGAAAAGGCUCUCAGAUGGGCCUGAUAGUUAGCAAAAGGGCAGCAUGGAGACCUCCCAGGAGAGCAUCAACGCUGAGCGGGGCUGGUACGUCUCUGCGCAGCAGCCCGAGGAAGAGGCGGAAGAGUUGAGUCCGUUGCUAAGCAACGAACUUCACAGACAAGGAUCCUCAGGUGUUUCAUUUGGUUUCUCAGUGUUUAAUUUGAUGAAUGCCAUCAUGGGAAGUGGAAUCCUAGGCUUAGCUUAUGUUAUGGCUAAUACUGGUAUCCUUGGAUUUAGAUUUAUCAAACUCUCCAUCUUUAUACUGCCAGUCUAUACUUUCUCCUCUUUCCAUCUAUUGAUAAGAAAGUGCCUCCAAGUUUCUGUAACAUCUUAUGAAGAUCUUGGACUCUUUGCAUUCGGAUUACCUGGAAAGGUGGUGGUGGCAGGCACCAUACUAAUUCAGAAUAUUGGAGCUAUGUCAUCUUAUCUUUUCAUUAUUAAAACAGAGCUUCCUGCUGCUAUUUCAGAAUUCUUGAGUAGAGACUACAGUGGGUCUUGGUAUCUUGAUGGACAAAUACUACUAAUAGUCAUUUGUGUUGGUAUUGUGUUCCCUCUUGCACUUCUUCCCAAAAUAGGCUUUCUUGGCUACACAAGUAGUUUAUCAUUUUUCUUUAUGGUGUUCUUUGCUCUUGUGGUAAGUUUAAAAUAUAAUGCAUUGCUUAUCUCCUCACAAAAAUUGAGUGCUUAUGCUAUACCAACCAUGGCUUUUUCCUUUCUCUGCCAUACCUCAAUAUUGCCCAUAUACUGUGAACUUCAAAGUGCAAAGGAAAAUCAUUUUGCUGCUAUUAACAUCUUAAUAGUUUAUAAUGUGAUCCUUAUUAUUAUUUUUUUAUUUACAGACAAAGUGGAGUCAGAAUUACUACAAGGUUAUAGUAAAUACUUACCACAUGAUGUUGUUGUCAUGACUGUGAAGUUGUGUAUCCUAUUUGCUGUGCUUUUGACAGUCCCUCUAAUCCACUUCCCCGCCAGAAAAGCUUUAACGAUGAUAUUUUUUUCCAAUUUUCCAUUCUCAUGGAUUCGCCAUUCUUUGAUCACUCUAGCACUCAAUGUUGUCAUUGUUUUACUUGCAAUAUAUGUUCCUGACAUUAGAAAUAUAUUUGGUGUAGUUGGUGCCAGUACAUCAACAUGUUUAAUUUUUAUAUUCCCAGGACUAUUUUAUCUUAAACUUAGCAGAGAAGAUUUUCUCUCAUGGAAAAAGCUUGGGGCAUUCAUUUUGUUCAUUUUUGGAAUUUUGAUUGGGAAUUUUAGUUUAGCACUCAUCAUUUUUGAUUGGAUCAACAAAUGA